UGGGGAGCACGAUCCCGCGGGUGGCGCGCAGCGCAUGGUGGCGGCUCCUCUCGGAGCGCAGCCGACCCGCUGACCUGGGCUCCGUUUCCCUUGCCCGGCGCGACCCGGCGACCGGCUGGAGGCCGAAGCAACAGCAGUCUUAACAGCAGCAGCGGCCGCGGCUGCUUCGCCGCCACCGUCUCCGCGGGAGCAUGGAGUGCGCCCUGGACGCCCAGAGCCUGAUCAGCAUCUCCCUGCGCAAGAUCCACAGCUCCCGGACCCAGCGCGGCGGCAUCAAGCUGCACAAGAACCUCCUGGUGUCCUACGUGCUCCGCAACGCGCGCCAGCUCUACCUGAGCGAGCGCUACGCCGAGCUCUACCGGCGCCAGCAGCAGCAGCAACAGCAGCAGCAGCAGCAGCAGCCGCCCCACCACCAGCACCAGCACCUCGCGUACGCGGCACCCGGCAUGCCGGCCAGCGCGGCCGACUUCGGCCCGCUCCAACUUGGCGGUGGCGGGGACGCGGAGGCGCGCGAGCCGGCCGCCCGGCACCAGCUGCACCAGCUCCACCAGCUCCACCAGCUGCACCUCCAGCAGCAGCUGCACCAGCACCAGCACCCGGCGCCCAGGGGCUGCGCGGCGGCGGCCGGGGCGCCCGCGGGCGGCGCGGGGGCGCUCUCGGAGCUGCCCGGGUGCGCCGCGCUCCAGCCGCCGCACGGCGCGCCCCACCGCGGGCAGCCCUUGGAGCAGCUGCAGCCGGGUCCUGCGCCGCUGCCGCCGCCCGCUCCCGCCGCGCUCUGCCCGCGGGACCCUCGCGCCUCGGCCGCCUGCUCCGCGCCCUCCGCGCCCCCAGCGGCCGCCCCUCAGGCCGCUGCUGGCGCCUCCCCGCCCGCCUCCCCGGCCCCCGCCUCCUCCCCAGGCUUCUACCGGGGCGCGUACCCGGCCCCCUCGGACUUCGGCGUGCACUGCAGCAGCCAGACCACCGUGCUGGACCUGGACACUCACGUGGUGACCACGGUGGAGAACGGCUACUUGCACCAGGACUGCUGCGCCUCCGCCCACUGCCCCUGCUGUGGCCAGGGCGCCCCAGGACCCGGCCUGGCGUCCGCCGCCGGCUGCAAGCGCAAGUAUUACCCGGGCCAGGAGGAGGACGAAGACGACGAGGAGGACGCGGGCGACCUGGGAGCCGAACCCCCCGGGGGCGCCCAGUUCGCCCCCUGCAAGCGCGCCCGCUUCGAGGACUUCUGCCCGGACUCGUCCCCGGACGCGUCCAACAUCUCAAACUUGAUCUCCAUCUUUGGCUCGGGCUUCUCGGGGCUGGUGAGCCGACAGCCGGACUCCUCCGAGCAGCCGCCGCCGCUCAACGGGCAGCUGUGCGCCAAGCAGGCGCUCGCCAGCCUCGGCGCCUGGACUCGAGCCAUUGUCGCCUUCUAGGGACCCCCGAGGGCACGGGGACCCGGGGCCCCGCGGGGCUGGGGCCAGACAAAGACUCGGCUAAGGGGCGAGAGGAGGGAGCGAACGGGCGCCUGGCCACCCGGGGCUGAGCUGGGAGCGAGCAGGGGAGGCGGCUGAUGUUUUAUAAAUUGUAAAAUAAAAAAAAAAAAGAAAGAAAUCUAAGAUCUUGGACUUUAUUUUUGCAGAGAGAAAAAGCGCCUAUUUAAGUAUGCUUUGUGUUUCUCCUCUUUUUUUUUUUUUUUUCUUUUUAUUGUAGUGAUUGCAGUGGUGUUUAGCGAGGAGCCAGCCACGUGAGGGAGGGCUGCUGCCCGGAGGAGGUGCCGGGCAGCCGGGGGCGAGGCAGGGCGCCCGGG